AUGUGGCCGUCGGGGAGGCCGCCCACUUGGCCAAAUUUUACUCCUUUCGUACCCAACUCAAAUCCCGGCCCCACGUCCUCUCUGCUUGCAUGUGCGGAGGAUGGACGGAUGGCUACUGUGUUCGGCCGCGCUGUGGCGUUGGAGGACUGGAGAAGAGCGCGCUGGCGCACCGAGGUUGUUGGUGACCGUCAGCCCGGACCGAGACCGCCAGUCUGGCCCCGGGGACGUUCCGAGGGGCACAGUUCGUGCAGCAUGCACACCGAUCACGAUGCGUUGCGACCUCCCACGCCCUGGAUGUACAAGCGGGCCGCAAUUGCGCUCCUUGGCGUCCCUUUGUUGUCACCCGCAGGGACGACGUACCGGCUAGGUAGCGCGGUGGCCUCCAGCGGUCAUGUCUCAGGGGUUAUGAACCCAUGA